AUGUUCAAGAGUGUGACGUACUCAGAGGAUAAGCAUCUAACAGACACAGACUCAGAGGUCGAGCCGCACGACACGUCAAAGCAUAGGGGACGGCGGCAUGGAGCAGCAGGGUCUGGGGAGGAGAGCAAGCACGUCCGCCUAGACGUGGAGGGCGUGCCGGGGCUGGUGCAGCCAGAGGAUGCGGAAGAGCCUGGAGAGCUGCCGGCGUUCAAACGGCGGCCUCUCAGCGACACCCCCCUGGCGUCGCAGUGGGCAUCGCCGACGAGCUCAGGGGAGUCAUCGACGGAGAGCACGCCAGUGCUGUCGCCGUCGCACAGUAGCGGGGAUCUGCAGGGCUUGGACAAUAAGACAGAGGCGCGGGCGUCCGGCAACGGGGGACUGCCGCGCGUCCGUCGCAAGGCGCCGACCACGAUGGACGUGCCCGGGCUGACGCGGUCGAAGACUUCUCCGGACGGGAUGAUAUCUAAGCAUGACCCUGGAUCGAAGCUGGUGGUCGUGAUGGUGGGGCUGCCCGCGACAGGCAAGUCCUUCAUCACCAACAAGCUAUCGCGGUUCCUGAACUACUCGUUCUACUACUGCAAGGUGUUCAAUGUCGGGAACACGCGCCGAGAGUAUGGCAAGCAGCACGAGCUGAUGGAGCAAGACUCCCGCUUCUUCGAUCCCUCUAAUGAUGAGGCGAAGGCGCUGCGCGAGAAGUGGGCGAUGGAUACGUUGAACGAACUGUUGGACUACCUGUUAGAUGGUCCGGGAUCGGUGGCUAUUUUCGACGCGACGAAUUCUACGCAAGAACGCCGGAGAAAGAUCUACGAUAAGAUCAAGUCGCGCAACUCGCAGUUGAACGUAUUGUUCCUUGAAAGCAUUUGUUCUGAUAGGCAGACAGUGGAGAAGAAUAUUCGCUUAAAGCUGUUGGGCCCUGACUAUAAGGGGAAAGACCCGGAGUUGUCUCUGCGAGACUUCAAAGAUCGGCUUGCGAACUAUGUUCGCGCCUACGAAGCAGUGGAAGAUAGCGAAGGCUUCCAGUAUAUCAAGAUGAUAGAUGUGGGGAAGAAAGUGAUCUCCUAUAAUAUCCAGGGCUUUUUGGCGUCUCAGACCGUGUAUUACCUCCUCAACUUCAACCUCGCUGAGCGGCAGAUCUGGAUCACCCGGAACGGUGAAAGUGAAUACAACGUACUUGGCCGUAUUGGUGGUGACUCAAAGCUAACACCCCGUGGCCGCAAAUAUGCGCGGGCGCUUGCGCAAUUCAUUGAUAGCAAGCGGAGAGAGUUUAAUGAGCACGAGUAUGAACAGUUUUGUAAACUCAAUGACGAGGGUACACCGACUGAUGAAUUCGUUCCAACCUCUUUUUAUGUGUGGACUUCAAUGCUCCGUCGUGCCGAGGACACGGCCGCAGAUUUCAAUGAAGAUAUAUUUCCAAUCAAGCAGAUGCGUAUGUUGGAUGAACUAAGCGCUGGUGAUUGUGAAGGUAUGACAUAUGAAGAAAUCCACCAGAAAUACCCCGAAGAAUUCGAGGAGAGGUUGAUAGACAAACUACGGUAUAGGUAUCGGGGUAUCGGUGGGGAAUCAUAUAUGGAUGUCAUUAACAGAUUGCGGCCUGUCAUCACGGAACUAGAAAGAAUUACGGAUAAUGUCCUCAUCAUCACACAUAGGGUGGUGGCAAGGGUCCUACUAGGAUACUUUUUGAACCUAAGUCGUGACAUUAUUGCGAAUCUGGAUGUCCCAUUGCAUAGCGUAUAUUGUCUUGAGCCGAAGCCUUAUGGGAUAACCUGGUCGUUGUAUGAAUAUUGUGAUGAAACCGACACUUUCUCGAAAGUUCCUCAAACCCAAUUGAAUACCAUGAAAGUGAAGGAAGUUGGCUUAGUCCACAACGAAAGAAGAUACUCUCUGGUUCCCGCCGCGCCUCCUACGAAUAAUAGCGACGACAUUCCAUUACAGAGCAGAAAUAGCAGUGGCAUAUCUCUGCCUCCAUAUUCAUCUUCGUCCUCCUCUACUACGCCUUCCAUUUCAUCAGGAGGAAUUUCGGUAACCUCGCGUAUGGUACCUCCGCUACGGCAGCCCCCUGCUUACCAGACGCAUCCAAGUUUUUUGGCUCGUUCAAAGUCGGAUGAUCCUUUAACAAAGCGCCUGUUGAACCCGAAUAAGCAUAGCAUUGAAUUGCAAAAACUACAUGAGAAACUAAGUGUAUUAAGAGCAAACGAUCAUAUUUCCAGUGGGGAUGAUGAGGAUAACGACAAUAAUGAUAUUAAUGGCUCAGAGAUUGGUGGAACUCCAUGA